AUGGCUCUUAUGGAAGCUAAGGUCAAGAGCGUGCUCUCCGGCGACACGCUUGUUCUACACAACAUCAAGAACCCUUCUCAAGAACGCACCCUGAGCUUGGCCUUUGUCAGCGCUCCUAGGAUACGCAGAGAGGGCGAUGAGCCUGGUGCUUUCGAGUCCAGAGACUUUGUUCGCAAGCUUUGCGUUGGCAAGGUUGUUCGAUUCAGCGUUCUCUACAACAUUCCCACGCCUUCACCUCGCGACUACGGUGUUAUCAUCCUGCAAAGCGGCCAACAUCUGCUCGAUCUCGUCGUACGUGAGGGCUUGGUCAAGUUGAGAGAUGAUGCUGGCAAANAGGAGGACACACCACAAGGCACCGAGUUGCUCGAGAGGUUGCAAGCUCUCGAGAGCCACGCCAAGGUCGACGAGAAGGGCCUCUGGAACCCCGACCUACAACGUAUCGACAACGUUCACGACCUGUCAGACCCAAAGGCCUUCUCCGAAGCUUACAAGGGUCAACCCAUUGACGCUGUUGUCGAACGUGUCCUGAGUGCAGACCGCCUCAUCUGUCGCCUGCUGGUUCAGCCCACAAAGCACACUCAAACAAUCGUCUUGCUUGCUGGUGUCCGCGCCCCUGCUACUAAGCGAAUCAACCCUUCAGAUCAAUCAGAGCAACCCGCAGAGCCUUUCGGUACCGAAGCACACCGCUUCGUCGAGGAGAGACUGCUGCAGCGUGGUGUCCAAAUCCGCGUCCUUGGUGUUUCGCCCAACAACCUUCUGGUCGGAGAAGUCAGACACCCCAUGGGCAGCAUUGCUGAAUUCCUCCUGAAGGCCGGUCUCGCUCGCUGCACUGAUCAUCACUCGACAUGGCUUGGUCCUGAGAUGGCCAAGCUCAGACAGGCCGAACGCUAUGCCCGGGAUAACAAGCUGGGUCUUUUCGAAGGUCACGUCUCGCAAAGGUCGGCCGGCACAGGCCAAAUUGAAGCCACAGUCAGCCGCGUCUUCUCUGCCGAUACUCUUUACCUGCGCAACAAGGCUGGAGCUGAGAAGCGCGUCAACCUCAGCAGUGUUCGUCAACCCAAGCCUUCAGACCCCAAGCAGUCACCAUUUGGUGCUGAGGCCAAGGAGUUCCUGCGUAAGCGUUUGAUCGGAAAGCACGUCAAGGUCACCAUUGACGGCAAGCGACCGGCUACUGAAGGCUUCGAUGAGCGUGAGAUGGCCACUGUCACUCUCAACGACGAGAACGUGAGUCUUAUGCUCGUUGAGCAAGGAUACGCCUCAGUCAUCAGACACCGCAUGGAUGAUACCGACCGUUCGCCUAUCUACGACGACCUCCUUGCCGCCGAGGAGGCUGCACAAAGCGCUGGAAAGGGCAUGUGGAACCCUAAGCCCCCUAAGAAGACCGAAUACGUCGACUACAGUGCUUCCGUUGAUCAGGCUAAGCGUCAGCUCACCCUUCUGUCUCGCCAAAGAAAGGUUCCUGCUGUUGUCGACUUUGUCAAGAGUGGAAGCAGAUUCACCGUCCUGGUACCUCGCGAGAAUGCCAAGCUCACUUUUGUCCUGUCCGGUAUCAGUGCACCUCGCUCAGCUCGCAACCCCAACGAGAAGGGUGAGCCUUUCGGUCAAGAGGCACACGAAUUUGCAAACCGCAGAUGCCAGCAACGCGAUGUCGAAAUCGACGUUGAAGGCACUGACAAGGUUGGAGGCUUCAUCGGUCAGCUAUACGUCAAUCGUGAGAGCUUCGCUAAGCUGCUCGUUGAGGAGGGUCUUGCUUCGGUUCACGCCUACAGUGCAGAGAAGUCUGGCAACGCAAAUGAGCUCUUCGCUGCCGAGCAAAGGGCANAGGAGGCCAGACGUGGCAUGUGGCACGACUGGGACCCUUCGAAGGAGGCUGCUGAGGAGGGCGAGGAGUAUGAUGCUUCUGCUGGUGCUGCUGGUCUGAAUGGUGAUGCUCCUGCCGAGCGUCUGACCGACCUCAUGAACUCCUUCCGCUCCUUCCACAUUUCAUCCUCAGCCAACAAACCCCUCGAGCAAGCACCUAAGGCCGGCGACUUCGUGUCUGCUAGGUUUAGCGAAGACAACGAAUGGUACCGCGCCCGUAUCCGCCGCAACGACCGCGAGAACAAGACCUCCGAGGUCGUCUACAUCGAUUACGGUAACUCCGAAACAAUCCCCUGGUCGCGCCUUCGCGCCCUCGAUCCCACCCGCUUCGGUGUGCAANAGCUGCGCGCUCAAGCCCAAGAUGCCGUCCUCUCCUUCCUCCAAUUCCCCACCGCCCCCGAAUACCUCCGCGAAGCCGUCAACAUCAUCAGCGAUUGCACCGCCGACCGCCAAUUGGUCGCCAAUGUCGAUUACAUUGACUCUCGCGAGAACACACUCUACGUCACCCUGUUCGAUCCUAAGCAGAGCGACAGCUUGAACGAGAGCGUCAACGCCGACAUCAUCUCCGAAGGUUUCGCCAUGGUGCCCAAGAAGCUCAAGGCUUGGGAGAGAGCUGCCGGAGACGUGCUUGCCGAUCUCCAGGCCCGUGAGGCCGAAGCCAAGGAGCGUAGACUUGGUCAGUGGGAGUAUGGUGACUUGACUGAGGACUAA